AUGCCUGAUCUCCAUAUGUGCGGUAAAGUGCAACUCGAGGUGAGGGCUCGGUUGGCGGCAGUUGUCAGGAUGUUCUCUGCAAGCAUCAACCAUUGCCAUCGUUUUUGUGGCAUUGCAACAACUUCAAGUCCAAGCCCAAGCCAAUUCCAAUUCCAAUUCCUCGACCCUCGUACUCCAUACCCCGUAACUGAUAACGAGGCCUGUGCGAAGUUGGCCCUGCUCGGCGCGCCACCGAUGUCCCCAGUGCUGCGGCCGGCAAUUGGCCCGUUCCACUGCUCAGCCUCAGUUGGCGGCUCCCACGCCGGGCUUGGAGACAAGUACUCCGUACAUCUGACAUCUUUGAGCCUCCUGCCCACCAACAACGACAUCUACUGCUACUACAUCUACACCUACGGCCACGCCAAUUAUCUCGGCGGUUUGUUCGCUGCAUCCAGGCAUCAAUAUACAUCUUCGCUGUCGACUCCUCAAGAUUACGUCUAUCUAGCUGCUCUGGGGUUCGCUGCUGUUGUUGCUGCUCCCUCCCCCGCUGGAUUCAUCGCUGCUGAUGGGCUGUACAAACGCGAUGUUUUCCGAUUCCCCGAUCCCUUUGCAGUAGCCACGGUUGGUGGUGAACAAACUCACACUACGUCAGUGAUCAAAAAAACCCUCAACCCAUACUGGAAUGAAGUCUUUGACCUGAGGGUCACCGAAGAUUCCAUUCUUGCUAUUCAGAUUUUCGAUCAAAAGAAGUUCAAGAAGAAGGACCAGGGUUUCUUAGGUGUUAUCAACGUUCGCAUUGGGGAUGUGAUAGACUUAGACGUUGGCGACGAUGAGAUGCUUACAAGAGACCUGAAGAAAUCGAACGAUAAUCUUGUUGUUCACGGGAAAUUGAUCGUUAACUUAUCCACGAACUUGUUGCCAGCGGGUUGGGAAAGGCGAGAAGAUAAUCUGGGCCGGACAUAUUAUGUGGAUCAUAAUACCAGAACCACAACAUGGACACGCCCUUCACAACAAUACAACGAGCAAGCCCAACGCACCCAGCUGGAAGCCAACAUGCAGAUGGAACGCAGGGCUCAUCAAAGCCGGAUGCUUCCCGAGGACCGCACAGGCGCCAGUUCGCCAAACCCGCCGGACUCCCAGCAGGCAGGAACUCCUCCUGGGGUUUCCAAUGCGAAUGCUGCUUCUAUGAUGGCCACGGGAGCUACGACAGCGGGCAGUGGCGAGCUUCCAGCAGGGUGGGAGCAACGUUAUACGCCGGAAGGCCGGCCGUAUUUUGUGGACCAUAACACGAGAACGACUACCUGGGUCGAUCCGCGUCGUCAGCAGUAUAUCCGCAUGUAUGGCCAAAAUGCUAAUGGAAAUAACACCACUAUUCAACAACAGCCUGUGAGUCAACUAGGGCCGCUACCAAGCGGCUGGGAAAUGAGGCUCACCAACACCGCUCGGGUGUACUUCGUUGAUCACAAUACAAAAACUACCACCUGGGAUGACCCACGACUGCCGUCGUCUCUGGAUCAAGGCGUUCCGCAAUACAAGCGUGAUUUCCGGCGCAAGCUUAUUUACUUCAGAUCCCAGCCGGCAUUGCGGAUCAUGUCGGGACAAUGCCAUGUCAAAGUCCGACGAGGUGCUAUUUUCGAGGACUCGUACGCAGAGAUCAUGCGACAGAGUGCUUCGGAUUUGAAGAAGAGGUUAAUGAUCAAAUUCGAUGGAGAAGAUGGUCUCGAUUAUGGUGGCCUUUCCAGAGAAUUCUUCUUCUUGCUUUCCCACGAAAUGUUCAACCCUUUCUACUGCUUAUUCGAGUAUUCCGCACAUGACAAUUACACCCUCCAAAUCAACCCACAUUCCGGUAUCAACCCUGAACAUUUGAAUUAUUUCAAAUUCAUAGGGCGUGUUGUCGGUCUUGCUAUCUUCCACCGACGCUUCCUUGAUUCAUUUUUCAUCGGCGCCUUUUAUAAGAUGAUGUUAAGGAAGAAGGUUACGCUGCAGGAUAUGGAGGGUGUGGAUGAAGAUUUCCACCGAAAUCUAACAUGGACAUUGGAACAUGAUAUUACCGGUGUCUUCGACGAGCUUACAUUCUCCAUUGACGAUGACCAAUUCGGCGAGAGGAAAACCGUUGACUUAAUACCAAACGGCAGCAACAUUCCUGUUACCAAUGAGAACAAAAAGCAAUAUGUUGAACUUAUCACAGAAUGGAAAAUCCAAAAAAGAGUAGAAGAACAGUUCAACGCUUUUAUCACCGGAUUCAACGAACUUAUCCCCGCUGACCUUGUCAACGUCUUCGAUGAGCGUGAAUUGGAGCUCCUAAUUGGUGGUAUUGCCGAUAUCGAUGUGGACGAUUGGAAGAAACACACCGACUACCGCGGCUACCAGGAGCAGGACGAAGUGAUCCAGAACUUCUGGAAGGUCAUACGGAGCUGGGAUGCUGAGCAAAAAUCUCGUCUCCUGCAGUUUGCAACGGGUACCUCGCGCAUUCCUGUUAACGGCUUUAAAGACCUGCAAGGUAGCGAUGGACCCAGGCGAUUCACCAUUGAAAAAUCUGGAGAGAUCACCGCAUUACCCAAAUCGCAUACAUGCUUUAAUCGUUUGGAUCUACCGCCAUAUAAGACAUACGAACAACUGCAGCAUAAGUUAUCCAUCGCCGUUGAGGAGACCUUAGGUUUCGGCCAGGAGUAA